AAGUCGAGAAUUACGAUCAGUUGCGGUACGAAUUUGGCUGAAGCUCAAAUAACAAUAAAGUCAAACAUUUUAAAAUGAAAAUCGAGCUAACCGUCGAUCGUGGACCAUGCGACACAGAGCUGCGCAGCUGGUGUUUGGGCAUAGCCAUCUAUACGCUAGUUUCCAUAGCAUUAAAUACGCUAUUCGCGCCCAGUGCUCUGACUUUUAUUGGAUUCGCAAUUGCGGUCAUUGCAAAUGUUUGCCUGCUCAUUGGCUGUCUGCGGUAUAACCAUAUCUUGGUUGGCAUUUGGCUCAUCUAUGCCCUGCUGAUUGCCAUCAAUUUUCCGUUUGCCAUCUUUGGCACCAUUUUCCACUUUGGUGGCUAUCGCGAGGCGUCCGGCUUCAACAAUGUCAUCCUCGCGCUGCUCUUCUACAUUGUGAUGAUGCUUAUUUGUCUGUUCUGCGCCCGCAUCGUCUACUCGUAUCAUCUGCAGCUGAAGAACCGUCAGGGCAAUCCGCAGCAUACGGUCGUCGUUUGAAUCUCUCUUAACUCAUUGCAUUUCGCGUUAAAUCUCUAAUCGCUUUUCAUUUAUUUUUUCUAUUCUAAUACUUUCUCGAAUUGCAUUAGCUAGCAGAUUCGUUGUAAUUUAAGAGUUUACCGAGUGCCUUCAUUUUAUACAAGAAAAACAAAACGUAUUUAUAAAUAAACAAAUGAAUAUUGAA